AUGAAGUUGGUUUGUAUAAACUUGUGGCUAUUGCUCUUGUGGAACGUGCAGGCACAGGUUCAGACCUAUUCUCCUUGCAAUUCGGACUCCUUUUGCAUUUGCAAAAACCAUCAGGUGGGUGAUCUGCUGCCCGACUGUGAUGAUUGUUCCGGGUACUUCCAGUGCGGUCUGGACAACAUACAGAGACUGAAAUGCAAUCCAGGCGAGAUCUUCGACAGCAGAGUGACUGCUUGUGUGCCUGGCCAGUGUCCGCGCAGCGAUUGCAACAGAUCAGCAGCACUCUCUGGCUGUUCCAUCCAGGAUGCGACCAAUUUGGAUACCUUUUGCAUUUGCAAGGACCAUCAGGUGGGCGAUCUGCUGCCUGACUGCAAUGACUGUGGCGGGUACUUCCAAUGCGGCGAGGACUACAUAAAGCGUUUGAAAUGCAACCUGGGGGAGAUCUUCGACAUCAGUCUGAAUGCCUGUGUGGCUGGACAGUGUCCACGCAAAGAUUGUGAGAACUCAACAAAUCCAGGAGAUCCAGGAAAUCCAGGAUAUCCAGGCAACCCAGUGCACCCCUCUGGCUGUGGCAACAAGGAGGUGCAGUGCCGCUUCCAUGGUCAGAUCCUGCCCCAUGCCCAGCACUGCCGCUCCUUUUGGACCUGCGUGGAAGGGUGCCCCAUGUUGGGAUUCUGUGAGCUCGGGAUGUGGUUCAAUCGGGAAAAGUUUGUGUGCGAUUACCCGAAGAAUGUGAGCAACUGUCCGAUCAAUCAGGACUAGGAUUCCACUUGCUGUCAUCCCAUCAAAUCCAAAUCAAAUAAAUAUGUGUCAGGGCAAAUCGAUGCUGAAGCAAUUCUCAUUUCAGCGGUCAUUAGACUGCAAUUGUCCUCAUGCACUGGCAACAGUCAACAAAGCAGAGGCGGAGGGAGCAGCGGCAGCGGCAGAGGGAGCAGAGGCAGAGGCAUUGCGAUAAUUUACGCAAAUUGCAUGACACAAUUUUGUUGGUUGUUAGUUUAACUUGUAGUUGUAGUUGUAGUUGUUUUUGUUGGGUGGGCGGUUGCUGCGUGUGACUUUUUGUUGUUGUUGCUGUUGCUGCCGCCGGCAUAAAGCAACAAAUUUAGCACGCAACUAACAAUUUUAGCUGUUCCAGAUACUCCAACUUACACAGGCGCACACACACAGAUGCAGGCACACCCAGGUGCAUAUGGAACACAGCAAACAAAAGAAGCGGCCAGAGGCACGUUGACGCUUUGACACAACGAACAGCCAAUGCACUUUUUGUAUGGGAAACUUAUGGAAAAGUUGUUGAAGUUCUUUGAGUUUUCAGCUCUUGAAUUCUAGCAGAAUAUUUCUGUGAAUUUAUGGAAGAUCAUAGUCAAAGAUCUGUUCGGAAAGAACUUGGCACUUGUUGCUUCCGUUUCUAUGACUUUUACUAAUCGAAAAUCGCCGCAUUCUCAUUCAUCUUCUUCAUCUGUAAAGCUCGCUAUCGUUAGGGUAUCCACCCAAGUCUCUUAGGCUCUGAAAUUCUUUUUGCUUUUUGCUUUUUCUUCGUUUUUGUUUUACUUUUUGUUGAACGGCAAACAAACAACAAAACUUUCACCCAGCAGUAAGCCGCAGCAUUUUGGACAAUUUCGUAACUGGGUAAACACACACACACAUACACAUACGCUACUCUGCUCUCCCUCACACAUACACAUACAGCCAUGCAGUCAUGCAAAUGUAGAGUGCAUAAAGUGCAGGCAGCGACGACAGGUGAACGAACGACCUCAAACGAGGUCAGGCAGCAGCAGCAGCGGCAACACGGGGUCGGGGACAGAGCAGGGCAGGGCCAUUCAUGCGCACGCUAAAGCCCAAAAAAUAUAUCAACCAUAUACAUACACAUAUAUCCAUACAUAUAAAUGCAUGUACAGAUGUACAUAAAUGUAUGUAGCGCUCCAGCAGUUGGCCCUCUCUUUGCAUGCUAAUGGCCGCUGCUCCAAUCCGAGACGAAAAUGUGGCGAGGGGCAGGGCAGGGCAGGGCAGGGGGAAGUAAGCUAAAUGCGGGCAACAUUUGGCCACUUUACGGCUGCUGCUGAUGCUGCUGCUGCCACUGAUGGUGCUGCUGCUGCCACAGAUUUUGGUGACCCAAAUCCUUUCUUCCCCCUGGCCAGAAGUGGGAGCUUGGCUUGGCUGGCGAUGCGGAUGCCCUGGCUAUGGCCUAAACGAGUUUGUUCCAACUCAACCCUCCACCUCUUACUCUCUUUUCUUGGCCCACUCUUGGCCCUCUUCCGCCUCUCCACGGCACUCUCUGCUCGUCAUUUGGCUGCACUAAAUCACUUAAGAUGCUUUUAGCUGGCAGCCACGAUGGGAAAAAAGUUUCAGCUUAGGCCAGCAAUGCGCUCCGCUUAUUUAUGUAUGUUGGCUCCCCCCUGAAUGGGCCUGCUCGGGACAUGGAACGUGUGUAAUGGAUGAUGUUGACCUGAGCCAAAGUGCCCAUCGUGCCAGGGUGUGUGCGCCUCUGUGGGUGGUGACAGCUGACAGGCUGCCACUGCUGCUGCCCAGGCUCCACAGCCAUUGAAUUGAAUAACUAAUGAUGGGGGAUUAUGGGUGGAAAAGAAAGAGUAAUGUGGGUUAAUUCUCUUAUAAGUAAGAGGUGCAGCCGCUAUCUAAACACCACCAUUAUGGAUUCACACUUCAAAGCCAGAUCCAUUGAGCUGCUCCACUUCUGGAGCUCCUCAAGCCUCGCACUUUUCGAUCUGCAAAAAUCAAUGGGCACAACAAGCGUGAGGCAAUGGCGAUGAUGGGCAAUGGGCAAUGAGCCGCUAAUUGAAAGCACCUCAAAAGAAACGGAGCAAGAACGCCGAGAGUGCCCGCCACAAGCAAUUAGCGUAGACUGCGAUUCGAAGGUGGCAGCCACAUACCCAAUCCAUCCACGUUUGCCCCAUAAUGCAAAUCCAAUGCUGGACAGGGGGGAGUCGAGUGUGUGUGCCAUAAUUAAUUUACGACCUGUGACAAUUAACGCCAACACUUGAUGGCUUUUGUGGGUGGGUGAUUGUUGAGCGUGCCUCUCGCGCCACAAUGAGAACUCCAAAGUGUAACUGUGACAAGGUUGGUGCGUGGUCAAGGGGGGCAACGCUAAUGACCUUUACGAUCCUUCUGUCGUGCGGGAAAUGUAUGUGGGUCAGCAUCGACUAAUGGCCAUCUUUCACUUUGCAUGAUGCUGUGGGCCCAGUCGACUUGCGUGUUGCACAGACUUUUCCGGCAACAGCAAACGGCAAACGUGGCGUAUGCGCAAUCCGUGUGCGAAGUUUCUUUCACUUUGGUUGCUUUAUUAUACGAUAUUAUUUGUGUUGAAUGCUGACGCAUAGUGUAGAGUAGGGGCAGGCUUUCGUCAUUUGUAAACCAGCGUGCGCGGAUGCCGCCGGCUACCAAACGAACCACAAUAACAAGACAAAGCUGAAGAAAUACACACAUAUAAGGCGAAAAAAAGAAGCAACAGCAGCAGCAACAACAACAAAAUCACUUGCCUCCGUUUUCAUAUUGAGCACAGUGGGUCAAUGUCCCACUGAUAAAGUGAGCGAGCGCGGUGGUAGUGCUGCCCGACGACCAGCCACAGCCACAGACAGUAACAGCCGCAGCCACAGCCACAGAGCAGCCACAGCGCCAGCUGAAAGCCAGCAACUGGAGCAGCUGCGUCUGCUUUUGCCUCUUGUCUGCCUGCCAGCCAGCCAGCCAGCCGAAAUGCG